AUGCUUAUAUUUAUAUAUGUCUUAGCUAAGUUAUAAACUAUUUUUAUCUUUUGGAGCACUUACAGCUUGCUAAAUAUGGGCGAAAUUGGUUUUAAUUAAAAGCUGUUAACUUUAAUCUUUCUUUACUCAGGCAGAAAAUUUCUUAUUUUGGUUUUAUGUUGGAAUGAUUUAUAAAUGAUAAAUAUAAAGCAUAGGGUCAUUCUAAUUGUUAGUCUUCUUCUUUCCUUUGAAGAAUUUAUGUUUUCCUUAGCUCAAAGCUCAUAAUUUUAAUUUUUAAAAUCUUACUUUAUAUAAGCAAUUAAUGCUAAAGUAUUUCUGAAUUGGCUAAUCUAUUUUAACUAAAUUAUAUUUUUAACAAUGAAUAGUACUAACCAAUAUUAAUAAAUAAUAUUAUAGAAUUGCAUACCAUCUUUACUUGCUACUUUUUAAAUGAUUAAAAUUUAAAUUUAUACAGAAAAUCAAAAAAGCUACUAAUUUAAACUUUUUGAAUAGUUUGAUUACUUUUAAUUCAGAAGCAAAGAUAUUUAAUAGAUAUUGAUUCAUUGGCUAAGAUUAAAUAUUCACUUGAUUUCUUAUAUGAUUUGCUUAUAAAAAAGUUAUUUUCUCUCUGGCUACUUGAUUUAGCUAUUUAUUUUUUUAUUGAUCUUAAAAUACAAAAUUUGGUAAUCGAAUUCAUAAAACAGUGAUUUGGACAGUGCUUUUUUUAUUUUUUUAAACUUAGCAUCUAAUAUAAACUUCGAUUUAAGAAUAGGAUAUACUUAUAAAUUUUAUUAGAAGAACCUAAAUAAAGAUUUCUCAUUUUAUGAUUGGUAAAUAAUAGCUCAAACUAUCCUAAAAGCAUAUGUUUUCAUAGUUUUUUUAAUGAUAAUUUUAAAUUAAAAUCAAUUAGAAUUUUAUUAAGCUAUUUUUCUGGUAGUUUUUUUAAUAGAUAUUUCAUUUUAAAUAAACAUAUUCAAUCGAUUUAUAUUAUAAACAUAUUUCCAUGGUCCUGAGUAUUAUCUAAUAACAAAUAACUAAGAAGAAGAAUAUUUGAUAGAAAACUAAAGAAAUUUAAAGAAUUUAAAAUAUAUUGGAAACUAUAAGUUAACACCUAUCAAUAUAAUUAUUUUACUUUGUUUAUUUUAAUAAUCACAGAUUCUUCAAAAUUUUAUCAAUUUUGAAGAAAGAAUUUUCAUUUAAAAGAAUUAAAAAUCUUAGAAAGUAUAUCUGAAUAGAAAUUUUGAUAUUUCUCAUUUUCAAUAAUUAGCUGAAUCUGAAGAUCUCAAUAUUUUUAUUGAAUAAAUAGACAUGCUCAAUAGAAUUGAUUUUAAAAUAGUUAUAUAAAUAAUCAAAAUAUUUUUAAAUUAAAAUAUAAUUAUUUAAAUACAUUACUAAAGCGACUUUCUAAACUAAAACUUACAAUAAUAAAUUUACAAAAUUAACAAGUUUUAUAAAAUCUAGUUUUUAAGAAUUAUUUAUUUUAUAAAAGCAUUUUAUAGCAAUAUCUGUCCAUUUUUAUUAGUUAAUCCUAAAUUUGUAAUUUAUGAUUUGUAUGACUGA